CAGAGCUUGGUUCGGGCUCGGUGGUUCAGUGGAGCUGCGCUCGGUCCAGCAUCAUGGCGUGGCCCUGCAUCAGCAGGGCGUGCUGCAUGGCGCGCUUCUGGAACCAGCUGGACAAGGCGGACAUCGCCGUGCCGCUGGUCUUCACCAAGUACACGGACGCCUCCGAGCUGCAGCACGUCCAGCUGCAGCCGCCGCAGGCCCGGGUCGCCAUAGAAACGCAGCCCUCUCGCGCGGAAACCUCCGUCGCCAAGGCUGCGCGCGGGCCGCGCAGGUGCGUCUCCGAGGAGCGCGUGUGCAGCUCUGUGAUGCGCGAGGACUUUAAGCACUGGAGAGUGCGUCCGGAGCCGAGCUGCAAGCCCAAGAACCAGUACCACGAACCGGAAACACCGUUCAACAGCGAGACUCAGUACCAGAAGGACUUCAAGCCCUGGCCUAUCCCCAAAAGGUACGACCACCCCUGGAUACCCAAACCCCCGGGGGGGCCCCCUGCGGACCCGCGGCCACCGGACAGGUCGAGGCACGCGAAGCAGCACGCGGCGGACGCGGACUGCGGCGUGGAGAAGAGCGCCGUCGCAGACAAGGUGCAGGAGAAAGAGCUCCUGCAGGAGAGGAAGAGGCGCUCCGGGAGGCCGGAGGGGGAGAGGAAGGUGGUCCUGAAGGGGGAGGGGGAGGGCAGGGGGCGGGCGGCGGCGGAUGCUUUGAACAGGCAGAUCAAAGAAGAGAUCACCGCGGGAAGCUCGUCAUACAAGACUGAGUUCAAGGCUUACAGAGACGUGAAGCCAGUAAAGAUGAUCCGGGCCAAGUCUCAGUACCUGCCGCCUGAUGGAAAGACGAGCCUGGAGACCAGCUACAGUGCCACCUUCAAGGCACUAGCUCCGCUGCAGCCUGGUGACAACAAGGCUCAGGAGAGGAGGAGGAUACGCAGCCUGUACAGCGAGCCGUACAUCGAAUCCAGCAAACAGGUUGACAGGUAUAGUGUCCCGCGCUCUAAACCCAAAAAGUCUGGAGCCACAGCGGCAGGCCAGGGCAAACCAGCGAGGAAAGCCAAAGAUAAGCAAAGUGCCACGCUGAGGGGCUCCAAGAAGACGACGUCAGAGAACCAGCCCGAGAACCGGCCAGCAGUGGGGGACAAGGAGAAAAGUAAAGAGAUCAACAACAAACUGGCUGAGGCAAAAGAGGUUGUGCUAAAACAGUACCACUACAUACAACUCUGCCAGCCAAUCCGAGACAUUGGCUGGGUGCAGACUCUUAAACAACACCUGUGGGGCUGUGCACUUCCCGAUCCCAGAGAUUCUAAAGACGAGGUUCUCCGACCCAGUCAUCAUCAUUCCCAGGGUGCUGCUGGAGGAGGAGGACCACAGCUGGAGCGAAGCGAGCCUCGGAGGAGCGGCGGUGUCGUACGCUUCGACCUAGAUGGGAACCAGACUGAUUAGUCCCGCUCACUUGGACAAGCCAACUAGUGUUUCUGCAGGGAGUGAUGCUCUGCACCGUACAUAUCUAGUGUUUGAGUUGGGUCAUGAGGUGAGCCCCACAGGAACGCAUGUAUGAAACCGUCUCGGCUCAAAGAUUCCAGCAGUUCAACUCGUGGUUUAUCACAAAGGUGCUACAUCGUUUUCUCAUUUUAUGCUGUUUCUUUAAAAGUAAAUGUCAUCAUUAGUACC